AUGUUAAGAGACUUAAACCAACCACAAGGUGGUGAAGCAAAUGAAAUGUCAUAUGACGACAAAUAUAGACACUUCUCCAUGGCAAAGAUGAGACAAGUUUUAAAUAUUUACAAUAACCGUAAACAAAAGGGUUUGGGAAACCACUCCCCCGAAGAAAUGAAAAACAACCCUGACUUAGAGAAAGACUAUAUAUUUAAUAAUUUAGUCAAAAGAGACAAACAAGAAAGAAUGCCGGGCUUCAAACUUCAGAAAGGUGACAAAGUAAAAAUAGAAAUACCUAAACGCGACCCAUAUGAAAAUACUAUUGACUAUGACAACAAUGGGAACCCGACAGGUACUCACAUUCGUGUUCGUAAAAAUAGAAGAAAGUAUACAAGAGAAUAUUAUGAAGUUUUAGGCAAACAUGGCAAAAUGUACAGACUGCAAGCAGAAGAUAAAACUACUAUUGUCAGACCUCGUUUCAAACUUGUCAAAGUUCAAGGUGGUAUACUUUCAAAGACAGUUCCUAACAAAUAUAAGACAACUCCUGACGAAUAUGCUAAAGAAGUUGAAAAUGACGACUAA